AUGAGAAAUUACAUCAAGCUCCUGAUCGUGGCGGUUCUCGCCGCCCUCCUCGUCUCUGCCGACGCGCGCUGCCGUAAGUCUCAUAUAUUCCCCUUCGUCGGCCGCUCUUUCCCACGUCAUACCGCUUUCCUCGUCGCCCGCAAUUUCCCUCAUCUCCCUCGCCGCCCUCGCCUCUGCUUGUCGCCCGCGCUUCCCGUCGUCGCCCUUGCUUCCCCGUCACCCGUGCUUCCCGUCGUCGCCCUUGCUCUCCCGUCACCCACGCUUCCCGUCGUCGCCCUUUCUUCCCCGUCACCCGCGCUUCUUCUCAUCUCUCGCUCUCCUCCUCAACGUCUUCGUUUCCCUCGUCGCCAUAACGCCCUCGCUUCUGCCUGUCGCCCUCGGCUCCCCACAUACCCGCCUCCAUCUCCCCCACAUACCACCCGCCUUCCUCCCCACAUUCUAUUCCGCUUGUCAUACGCUCUUCUCCUCUUCCUCCCUUCCAUCUCUCCCUCCCUCCCUCUCCCUCUCUCUAUCUCUCUUUCUUCGAAAACCUCUCUCACCCUUUCUUCCACCCUUCUUCCUCCUGAGGGGAAGGGACUGAAUGAGAGACACAGAGGGGAUAGGACAGAAGGGUAUGCAGAUGUUCUUUUUCCCCACGCGCUUCCCCUCAUCGCCCUCACUUCCCCCAAAUUGUUGCCCCCUGUCUCUGUUUUUCCCAACCACCCGUUCUCCCACCAGCCCUGCUUCCCCCUUUGCCCUGAUUCCUUCCACCCUCUGCCCUGCUCCCCCCCAUCCCCUUCCCUGCUUCCCCCCACCCUCUGCCCUGCUCCCCCCAUCCCGUUCCCUGCUUCCCCCCACCCUCUGCCGUGCUCCCCCCCAUCCCCUUCCCUGCUCCCCCCCACCCUCUGCCCUGCUUCCCCUCAUCCCAUUCCCUGCUUCUCCCCACCCCCUGCCCUGCUUCUCCCCAUCCCCUUCCCUGCUUCCCCCCAUCCCCUUCCCUGCUUCCCCCCAUCCCCUUCCCUGCUUUCCCCCAUCCCCUUCCCUGCUUCCCCCCAUCCCCUUCCCUGCUUCCCCCCAUCCCCUUCCCUGCUUCUCCCCAUCCGCUUCCCUGCUUCCCCCCAUCCCCUUCCCUGCUUCCCCCUACCCUCUGCCCUGCUCCCCCCCAUCCCCUUCCUUGCUUCCCCCCAUCCCCUUCCCUGCUUCUCCCUCUCCCUUCCCUGCUUCCCCCCAUCCCCUUCCCUGCUUCCCCCCAUCCCGUUCCCUGCUUCCCCCCAUCCCCUUCCCUGUCUCCGUGUUACCCGUUUCCUUGUCCCUUUUCCCUGUGUCUCCCCACCCUCUGUUCUUAUUCCUUCACCCUCGCACACCUUACCGCCUGCCGACCUUACCGCCUGCCCACCUUACCACCUCAAAUCCUUCCCUUCUCAUCCGCGCGCAGGUGUGGCGGAAGGUGCACGUGCUGCCUUGUGCCUGCCGCUUGCUGUCCACGCCUUCCAUCCCACCUCUCCCAAACCACGUCUUUUUCUAUAUGUGCCUCCCCUGCUGGCCCAUACCCUCUGCUGA